AUAAUAAAGUCUCCUCGGCGGUAGCGGCGGCGGAGGGACCGGAAGGCAGGAACAUGUCGAAGGGCCCAGUGGCGAGCGGCCCCCCUGCGGCCGGGCCGACGGCCCCCGCCAGCGCGCUGCAGGCGCAGCCCGAGAAACCGCAGCACUACACCUACCUGAAGGAGUUCCGCACUGAGCAGUGCCCCCUUUUUGUGCAGCACAAAUGCACUCAGCACCGGCCCUAUACUUGCUUCCAUUGGCACUUUGUCAACCAGCGUCGUCGCAGAUCUAUCCGCCGUCGGGAUGGCACCUUUAACUACAGCCCUGACAUUUACUGUACCAAAUAUGAUGAGACCACAGGAAUCUGCCCAGAAGGAGAUGAGUGUCCAUUCUUGCAUAGAACUACUGGUGACACAGAGAGGAGAUAUCAUCUGCGCUACUACAAAACUGGAAUCUGCAUCCAUGAGACUGACUCCAAAGGAAAUUGCACAAAGAACGGCCUCCACUGCGCAUUUGCUCAUGGGCCUCAUGACCUACGUUCUCCUGUUUACGACAUCAGGGAGCUUCAGGCUAUGGAGGCUUUGCAGAAUGGUCAGACCACAUCAGAGGGUGGCAUAGAGGGUCAAUCUGCAGUCGCUGCUAGCCAUGCUAUGAUAGAGAAAAUACUCAGUGAGGAGCCAAGGUGGCAAGACACAACGUACGUGCUGGGAAACUACAAGACAGAGCAAUGCAAGAAACCCCCCCGUCUCUGUCGCCAGGGUUACGCCUGUCCCUACUAUCACAACAGCAAAGAUAGAAGAAGAAGCCCAAGAAAACACAAAUACAGAUCUUCACCAUGCCCCAGUGUGAAACAUGGAGACGAGUGGGGUGACCCCAGUAAGUGUGAGAAUGGGGACACGUGCCAGUACUGCCACACUCGCACAGAGCAGCAGUUUCACCCAGAGAUCUACAAAUCCACCAAGUGCAACGACAUGCAGCAAUCUGGCAGCUGUCCUCGGGGACCCUUCUGUGCCUUUGCACAUGUAGAACAGCCUCCACUCAAUGAAGAUUUACAGCCAUCCUCAGCUGUAUCCAGCCCAACGCAAACAGGCCCUGUGAUGUAUAUGCCAUCAGCUGCUGGUGAUUCUGUUCCAGUGAGCCCUUCCAGUCCACAUGCCCCGGACCUUAGCAAUGUGUGGAGUAAACCAGGAACUCUGCCAACUAGCCCCACCUCCGCCACAAUUCUUUGUAGGAACAGCAGUCUCGGAAGUCCAUCUAAUAUAUGUGGGUCCCCUCCUGGUGCCAUUGGGAAACAACACAGCUUGGAGAGCAUUGGUUUUCCCACAGACUCAGUAACGGCAGCGAGCAGCUACAAGAAGGCACCAGGGUUUGAGCGGGAGGAUCAGGUGGGAGCUGAGUAUCUGAAGAGCUUCAAAUGCCAGCAGGCGAAAAUAAAAUCCCAUUCACUGGAAUACAGGAGCCAGGAGCAGCCUCUGUUACAGCCCAAACAGGACAUACUGGGGAUUCUUCCAGUGGGCAGCCCUUUGACUUCCAGCAUCUCUUCCAGUAUCACCUCCAGUCUGGCAGCAACACCACCAAGCCCUGCUGGCACCAGCAGCAUCCCAGGCAUGAACGCCAAUGCCCUUCCCUUCUACCCUACCAGUGACACAGUGGAGUCUGUUAUAGAAUCUGCCUUGGAUGACCUGGACCUGAACGAAUUCGGAGUGGCUGCCCUGGAGAAGACAUUUGACAGCAGCACGGUGCCCCACACGAGUGGCAUCAUGAUAGGUGGGAGUUUGCUGCAAAGUUCUGCUCCUGUAAAUAUCCCUGGGUCCCUUGGAAGUUCUGCCUCUUUUCACUCUGCCUCUCCUUCUCCACCGGUCAGCCUAUCAUCGCAUUUCCUCCAUCAGCCCCAGGGACACUUAAGCCAAUCAGAAAACACAUUCUUGGGGACAUCAGCUUCUCAUGGAUCAUUAGGUUUAAAUGGGAUGAACAGCAGCAUAUGGGAGCACUUUGCUUCUGGGAGUUUUUCGCCCAGUACCUCACCUGCGUUUCUGUCAGGUCCAGGUGCUGCUGAGCUAACGAGACUGCGACAAGAACUGGAUGAAGCCAACAGCACAAUUAAGCAGUGGGAGGAGUCCUGGAAACAAGCCAAACAGGCAUGUGAUGCUUGGAAGAAGGAAGCAGAGGAAGCGAAUGAUCGUGCCAGCACAGCCAACAUGGAAUGCGAGCUGGCCCGGGAGCAGAGGGAAGCCCUGGAGCUGCAAGUGAAGAAACUCCAGGAGGAGCUGGAGAGGAUCCAUGCUGGCCAGGACCCCCAGCUCCUGCGCUCAUUCUCUGAUUUAGAGACCCUCUCACUCUCUACACUGUACACCCUACAAAAACAGCUGCGCGCCAACCUGGAGAGAGUCGACAAGGCAGUAUUUCAGAUGCAAUCAGUGAAAUGUCUUAAGUGUCAGGAGGAGAACCGGGUGGUGUUACAGUGCCAACAUGCCGUGCUGUGUGAAAUGUGUGCCGAGGAGGGCGAAUGCCCCAUCUGCCAUCCCAACAGGCCACACACUCUCCAAUCGUGACCCUUCACGGACACUUGGUUUCUCAUAUCACAUAGAACUUUUUAACUUUAUAUAUAUAUAUAUAUAUAUACAUAUAUAUAUAUAAAAACAAAAAUUAGUUGCAGAGCACUUUUUAAUAUUUUACAUCCCCCAUCUAAACUGCCCCUCUCCUACUCCCCACUAAUUCUAACCGUUUAGGAACUUUGAGAGCUGUUUUUAAUACAGCGCAAAGGGCCAUUUGCGAAGAGUCUGUGUUUUUCCUCUUUUCUAUUUAGAAUAUAACAAAUUUUUGACUAUUUUGGGGGUUUUGGAGCUGGGGAGAGGGGCCUCCAGGUGCUUUCCAGAGUGAGGGUUGGACUCAUGGCAGAGGAAGGAGAUGAAUUCCCAUUGCUCAAUCAUGCCUUCAAACCUUCACUCUUUUACUGGCCCAGCUUGUUAAAGCCAUCCCCACUGACAGAAGCCCUGUUGGGUGUCUGCUGGGUUAGAGCUUUGCUCACUCAGAUGCUUGCUGAUCUCUGAAUACACAAGAACUUUGCCUGUCCAUUUAAACAACAAAGUUCACUUUUUAGAAGGUUUUUUUACACAAUUUGUAUAUUUGUAAGAAAACAAGAAAAGGGAAAAAAUACUGAAUUUAAAGCAACUCAGGCCAGGCCAGGCCAGUGGCUAGUGUACGUUAUAGGUAUGUUUGGGGGUCCUGGGUUUGAGAGUCCCUAGAAAUACUGCCCAGACCGCAAGGUAAGGCUAAUCCAUAGAAGGGAGGUGGAACCACAGGUUCUGUCUGUCCCCCUGGUGGCGUCUUGUCGAGAUGUAUUUCAGCUUCAGGUUGGAUGGUAGUCUGGGGACUUGCUUCAUAAUUGCUGAUGCAUGUGGAAGAGAUUCCAGUUGGUGAGUGAGAAUGUCAGGUUGGGAGAUGAGCUGUGAGGUGAUGACCCUACUUGAACUGGCCAGAUAUUUCCUGUGUCACUGCCUCAAGGAUAACAGGGUUCGCACAACUCUGUGCGUUCCAUGAUUUUCUGGUGGGUGAAGGUGAAGCCUGAGCUUCUCCUGGGUUCUGAGGCAGGGAUCAGAACCCAGAAAGUUUGUAAUUUUUCUCUGCCAGUGCAUCUGGUUAAUAUUUAGCACUUUUCAGUAAUGAAUUCUCAGAAGAUCUCUGUGAGGGGCUCUCCUUCCAUGGGUAGAGCCGUUGCUGUGCCAUGGUAAACACAGGUAUCCACACCAACCCACUUAUUUCUGUGUCACUCUUGGGUUGUUCAGCCCAAACAGGCAGGCAGUUCGCAUGACAAUGAUAAAUGCUCCGUCUGCUGUUCCCCAGCUGCACUCUUGCUACAGGUGCCACUAGUACUGUUGCUGUUGACGCAGCAUUAUGCCAGUGGCAACAAAAUAAUUUCCAUCAUGGAGCAAAUCACUGCUCCAUCUAUUCCAGCCUUGAACAGUGGCCAAUGCCAGAGGCUGCAGAGACAGGUGUAGGUUAUUUCUUCCUGAUCACAGCUGACCGCUUUAUGCCCUGAAGCAUGAUAUUUGAUAACACUUGUGACUUUUAAACUUAGCUAGUGUAACUGCAGAUACUGUUCUUAUUCACAUACAUAACACUGAUUUGAAACUUUACUAAAGCUAGUUUGCUCAGUAAUGUCCAGUGGCAAAGGAUUCCACGGGGUAAUUAUACAGUUACUGGGACAAGAUACCAUGUCAAUUGAGAAAGGAAAAGAACUUUAAUUUCAACUGGACAUUGAAAAUCCUCAAACCACCAACCAUUGUGUACAAACAUUCCUGGUGACUUGGUGGAAUUAGCAAUAGUGUCUAACCUGCAGGUGUCUAGCAGCCAGCAGCCGGACCUGGGGAGUGUAACAAGAAAGAUGUGGUGCCACCAAACUUGAUCUCCUUCUGAUAAUGGGGACAGAAGGGAAAGGAGGUACCCGGGUCCCAUGAACACACUUCCUUUUCCAAGACAUUCCUUUUCCUUGUUGCAAGGAAAAUCUUCCGGUGUCCUUGGGCUCUCUCUCAGUCUCGCACUUCCUGCUGUGCAGGUUCAUCUCUUGGACACACAGCUUCCUGCAAAGUCUGGCUGGAUCCUUCUAGGGGAUCUGACCUGCUGUGAGCACCAUGGAUCUUUACCUCCCAGCACCAUCAGCAGGGGAGCUCAUGCUACUUUCUACUUGUUCACUUGGGCUGGCAUUGCAAUUUACUCCUAGGUUAGUAUGGUGGGGAAGGAGAGAGGGGGGAACCUCCAGAUUAGCCCUACACCAGCAACAAAUGUUCAAGUUCAUUGUUUCCCUCCAGGAAAAACAAAAUGCCACUGGUCAGGACCCUGUCUAGUAGCUGAGCUUUUCUACAACCAUUUCCUAAGGGUAAAUUGACUUCUAAUUUCAGGGGAGGCAAUAACCUGCUGGGUUCCCAACCAACUGGCCAACCAGGUCAUUAAUUUGUUUGUAUUCUCUUUCGCCGUACGGGGCAGGCAGGUUGUGGGGCACUGGGUCUCACAGCUCUAAACCGGCACUGCAAACAGGCUGAUGUUAAUGGGGCAAACUCCGCUCUCAGGUACAAAUGCAUGGCUCACAGUAUGUGCAUAUCUGAGGCCUGAGUUUGACACUGUUUUAUUAUUACCCAUUUGUGGCUCAACCCUGCAGUAUCUGCAGCGGCAAAACUCCCAUCAGAGUCUCUCUUUCUCUCUUAAGCAUUUUUUAAUGCACCUACUGUAGGCAGCCUCUAGACACUAUAACCCACAUUGAACAGUAUCUGUUCUGUCUGAAAGAACAGUAACCUCCAUGUCUGGGAGUUUUACCUGCAUUAAAAGCUGCAGGAUUGGGCCUCCAAUCCUAUCAGUGACUCCUGGUUCUGGGUGUUUUGGGCUAGUUUACCCACCUUCCCCAGCCUGGAAGUGCACUGGAAACCCCAGCAGCCCAUGGUUGUUAAUAGGAACAAUUAAACUGUUACCAGAGACUUUCAAAGUAUUUCGUAUUUAAUGCAAGGAAAUAAUUAGAUUUGCUUCCAUGAUUCCAUCCUUCCUCUGCAGGGAAAGGGUUAAUAUGCAUUCCCAGAUGAUCUCUAAGUGCAGCUCUGUGUAGUUGUUUCUCCUCCCCCUCCCCCCAUUAACUUGUUUUUGGUAAAAAUGCUUUUUUCAUGUGUAUUUUAUUGCAACUAGCAUCAAUUUUUUAAUUCUUUUCUGUAUGGAGCGAUACUGCUGGGUGACUAUUGUGGCUAUGUUGUUUGGUUAUAGCCUUUGAAUGUCUGUGCCAUGAGGUGGGGCUGGUCUCAAAGGCCUGCAAACCUGCCUCAGUUUGAUCUUAAGGAAAGAUCAUUUGUUAAAAUGUAUGAAAAUUCUUUUUUAAAAACAAAUGAAAAACCACAAAAAAAAGGGGGAAGGAAAAACCCAGUGAAAAUGAAAUUUACUAAACUGUUUUGGUAACUAAUGGAAAAAUAAUAGGAAAUAAACUCUUGAAUCGGGUCUGUAAUAUUUAUAAGCUCUGAAGCUGAUCAGCCCACGUGGCUGCUGGAUGGAAAUUAGUUUGUAAUGUUUGUUUUUGUUAACAUUAUGGUUUAUUACUCUCCUUCCUUCCUUUCUGUAGGAUUGUCCAUUGUGACCCCAUGCUCUUUGGACAAAUCGGUUUGUCCAGAGAACUGGCUGCAUUAAUUGCAACUGAUUCCCACAGGGGAAGUUCUGUGGAUGUGUUCCCCUCUCCUCCCAAAGUGACAUUGACCCAUGAUCAGCAUACUCAUGUCUGUCCCAUUAGGAUUUGGUAAUUCCUCAGUAACGCAGAACUAGCUGGUCAUGCUGCGGGGAUCAGACUUUUCCCCAUUGGCAGAUUGCUUAGCCAAGUGGGGUCCAAGAGAAAUUCCAACCUGGAGAACUACAUCGUUUGCCUUCUGAGCAAAACACAGUUUCUCUGUAUCCUGAAGGACCAAAGAAUCCAAAUUGGAAAGAAUCUAAAUCGUCCCCCUCCCUGCCCUCAAAUCCUGAUUCUUCUGUGCCCCACACCAAUCAUAGCAGAACAGGUUGAUUAGCACCAGGUGUGAAUUGUGAUGCUCCUCCCCAACACAGUGUAUUUUGACUCUCUCUUUGUACAAAUACAGUGUCUUUUUCUCUCCUUCCUCUGGUCCUUCAACAAAGGCUUUUAAAAUCUAGGUUUCUAUGAAUUUUUAAUUGCUGCUCUUUCAAAACAUGAACUAUCUGAAAUGUGAAUGAUUUCUUUUGCUCCAGAUGGAACAGAGAAAGUGAUCUUUGUGCAUUUGACAAAUAAUGUCGGGGCCCUUUUCUUGCUAGAAAUUAAAAAUAAAAUAAGAGUGAGUGGGGGGUGGGGGCAAAAAAAAGGGCAAAGACUCUGACUCUCUCUAGCAGCUGUUGACUUGACAUUACCUGAGCCAGGUGGUACUUGCAUGGAGCCACUAUGCUGCUCUUAAAGCAACAGAACUCUGUGGUCAGCUUUUGUGUGUUAUAAAAGGGGGCCUGCUGAAAUAUCGGUGCUAAUGCAUCCAGCCCCUCUAAGGUAUUGUCACAUGCUGUGUGUUUUGGAGCAGAAAAGUCCAUAGUGUAAUGAAUGGAAUAAUUAAAUCAGACCAAGGGGGCCCUUCUAAGGACUGAGUCACAGUAAAAGAAAAAAAGUCUUAGUCAAAGUGGACAAUUUCCAGCCCUUCUGAAUUAGCAGCACAGUUGGCUGAUGCUAAAUAGCUAGGGCAUGUCUGGGAACACCCCCCAUAGCUUCCACCCCUCCACACAGAAUCCUUAUUGGAUAAGUAGCAUUGGAAGCGUUCAUUAGAAACGCUGCCCUCAGUGACUAAUUCUGCCUGCUUGGCAGUUUCCUAGCCAUGAUUUGAGGGAAGGGAGUAUUAAUUGUAUUGUGAAACCACAGUAUUCUUAAAGGUCAAUAAACUUGUACUUUAUUAUGAAAAAUAUACAAGUCUGUCCACUUGAAACAGAUGAAUUAGAGCAACAAUAUUCUACAUACAUACUUACCUAUAUAUAUAUAUAUAUAUAAAUGCUAGAAAAUCUUCGUAGAGAAUAGCUAUGAGCCUGAGCAUUUCUCCAUGUUUGGGAGGCUACAGUGCAUUUACAUACCAUGCUUAGCUCAUCUCCUGACCAUAUGGAUACCCAGCCAAACCCAAACUGUGGCAGAGAGGGGUAUGUGACAUAGUAGUCAGGUGAUAUGGGGAAAUGGCCCAACCAGGGAGCACAUUUUAUCUCCCCCCAAAGGGAUUUCUGCAGCUGUUCUCAUACAGAAGGGGUUUAUACUUUUCAUACAUCUCCAAAGCUUAAUCUGAGCCACUAGCAAGGGCUUGCACAGUUCAGACAAUGAAGAGAAUUUCUCACCAUGUGAGGAAGAGUUUAACGCUGAAUGGAUUCAGUAAUUCAUUGGUGUUCCACUAGACACAGUUCAUCCUCUUGUUCUCUCUUCCUCCUCCCAGAAGGCAGAAUAUUCUUACCAGUGUUUUCCUCCAAGAUUAUAAUAAUCCCUGGAACACUGCAAACCGAAAAUAGAUGUUACUGGUGUCAAGAAAAGUAUUGCAAAAGUGAAGUAUUCCUGCGAAUUAGUGACUGUGGAUCAAAGAUAUCUAUGGGGCUUCCCCACUCUGUAGCUUCCGAUGUUAAAAUAAAUGCGUUAAACAAUACACACUACAGUAGAUCUGGUGGCAGUUCUUGACCAAUCUCUCUCUUGGCCUUCCCGGAGAAGGAGCAUUGGGAAGGAGCAUCCCUCAGUCUGUGUAGGCGGUGGCAGAAUGGUCAUCUGUGCUGUGUACAAUGUGUUGUUGAGUCCAUGUAUAGACUGUGAUUUCAGCUGUCGUUCUUUCUCGUAUUCUGUAAAUACGUGUUUUGGAUGUCGGAAACCUGGUUUAGACUCUUUUUCUCGGCAGAGUGAAUUUGCAUGUGGGGCUGGAAGGAAUGCAAUCUGUGUCAGAGUUUCCAAGGGCAGGAUGGAUUUUCUAGAGGACAAUAAAUUUUUAUUUUUUUGCUAAUAAAAAAAAAAAAACCCAA